AAAUGUGUGCUCAAAAUAAAAAUACUAUCCACAAAUAAAAUUCACUUUAGUUGUAAUUCAUAGUAAUUAAAAAAACAAUUAAAAAAAAAAAUAAAUGAAUGAAAAACAUGGAGAAAUGGAUCAAUUAGUUAUUCUAGUAGCGGCAGUUCAUUUAUUAUACUGUCCAUUUACCAAAGUUGAAGAAAGUUUUAAUUUACAAGCUAUCCACGAUAUUCUUUAUCAUGGGCAUAACCUCGACGAGUAUGACCAUCAUGAAUUUCCUGGAGUGGUACCAAGAACCUUUUUUGGAUCCCUGGUGGUAUCUGGACUGUCAUACCCCAUAGUCGCUAUUAUUAAAUACUUUGGGUUGACUAAAUUUUGUGCUCAGUAUGCAGUGAGAGCAAUUUUAGGAUUACUUGUAAUCUAUACGCUAAGAUUGUACAGACAAACAUUGCAGAAAAUAUUUGGGAUUGAGUUGACUAAUUGGUUUGUCGCUAUUAUGGUCACGCAGUAUCAUUUUAUGUAUUACCUCAGCAGACCUUUGCCAAAUAUUAUGGCAAUGCCUUUAGUUUUAUUAGCAUUGCGUGGUUGGCUAAAUCAGAACCAUAUUUUAUUUAUAUGGUCAUCAGCUCUGGCAAUAGUUGUAUUCAGAGCAGAGUUAGCACUACUCUUGGGUUUAUUUUUGUUAUACGACAUAGCUUAUAAAAAGUUAACAAUACCAAGAGUACUUAAAAUAGGUAUCCCAGCUGGUGUAUGUACUCUAGCACUAACUGUGGUAAUAGACUCUUUUUUCUGGAAGCGAGUACUCUGGCCAGAAGGCGAAGUACUCUAUUUCAAUACAGUACUGAAUAAAAGUAGCCAGUGGGGUACGUCUCCAUUCCUGUGGUACUUUUACUCAGCUCUGCCCCGAGGUAUGGGACUGUCAUACGUGCUGGUACCUUUAGGAAUGCUGUGGGAUGCACGAGUAAGAGCACUCACUGUUCCAGCAAUUACAUUUGUUAUAUUGUACUCCUUUUUGCCUCAUAAAGAAUUAAGGUUCAUCAUUUAUGUUUUUCCGCUAUUGAACGUCGCGACUGCUUCCGCGUGCCAAAGGAUCUGGAAUAAUCGAAAAAAGACGACGUGGAAUUAUUUAUUAGCCCUAGCUGUUCUCAGUCAUUUUAUAUUCAACGCAGCAUUUACGAUGUUUCUUUUAUGUGUAUCCAGUUCAAAUUAUCCUGGAGGCCGAGCUAUUACCAGAUUACACCAAUUAGAAAAAGACAAUCCGUAUGUUUAUGUUCAUAUAGAUACUUUGACCGCGCAAACUGGAGUCUCAAGAUUCUUACAAAUGAAUCCAGACUGGAGGUAUUCCAAGCAAGAAAAUUUGACGUACGAUGAUCCCGAUGUAGGUCAAUUUACGCAUUUAUUUAUAGAAGCUAAAAGUAAAAAUUUAUUUUUGAGCAAACAACCGAAUUAUAAAAUAAUCGACUCGAUUGACGGGUUCUCCCGGAUUACUUUAAAUUAUAAAAUGAUACCGCCCAUACGAAUCGAGAUGAAGCCCAUGAUUUUCAUAAUGAAAAAACCCGGUAUUGAUAACUUGGUCAAACGAUCUUCGAACAAUCAGAAUUUAGAGUCAGGAAUUGAGAACGAAGAUGAUGAGGAAGAAGAAAUCGAUGAUAAAAUAAAUGACAAUUUUAAUACAAUAAAUUUUGACGUCCAAGCAAGCGCUGAGAAAGAUUUUAGUAAUAAUAAUAAUAAUAAUAAUGAUGAUAAUGACGACUUGGAAAUUCCUAAAAUAAAUGGAGCAGAAAUUAAUAUAGAUAAAAGUAGCGAAAAAAUAAAAACAUAUCAGUCUGUAAAAGAAGAAAUAAAGCAGAUAGUAGAAAUUUUUAAUGAAAGACGAAAUAAUGUAGAUUUAAUUAUGGAAAAAAAUAAUUUUUAUUCUCAAGUACCUGAAGAAUCAAUAGUAGAAGAUAAUAUUGUUAUUAAUAAUAAUAAUAAUGAUAAUAAUAAUAAUAAUAAUAGUGAUGGAAAAGAUAGAGAAGAAAAAAAGCCAAUAGUGAUAAAUAAAAAAAUGCCAAAAAGAAAUUUUAAAGAUGAAUUAGAGACUGAAGUAAUUAAAAAUGAUAAAAAAAUAGUUAUUAAAAAUAAAUCCAAUGGAAUUAUAACUCCGAAAAAACAGAUCUCGGCUAUAAAAGCUGAAAUGAGCGAACAAGAAAAAAAUAAGGUGAAAAAAAUAGCCGAGCCUAAAGUUGCUAAUGUUAAGGAGAGUAUACGUAAUAUUAUCCAACAGUUCAAGGAAUUCGAAAAAGACCUAUCAGCUUCGGCAGCCGGCAAUUUAAAUAAUAAAAUAAAUAAUUGGUCGCGUAAAAAGAAAAUGGGUAAGAUUAAUGAGGAGAAGGUUGAGAAUACUCAGUCAUCCUCAGGAUUGCCGGAUGAGUUUGAGGAGAAUUAUGAUGAGGCAGCAGUCUUAGAUAAUGCCAAAGGAUAUCUUCGAGAUGUUAUUGACCAGUUUUACCAGCUGAAAGAUGAGCUGUCUUUCAAAGAGAAUUAUCAGUUUAAAGAUAUCGCUGAUAAAUUUGACGAACGACCAAUUACUGACACUCUGAUAUUGUUCAGCGAAGCACUGAAAGAUUUAGUCCAGGAGAAGAAGGGUAAUAAACUAAAAGAUAUUACGUCUGAAGAUAACGAUAGUAUCAAUCAAAUUGAUGAUCUACCUAAAAUUGAUUAUAACGUCCCCGAAGUUAUCGAGACUGAUAAUAAUUCAAAUGAAAAAAAAAGCAAAAAGCCAGACCGCCGGAGUCGUGAAAAAAAAUAAUUUUUUAUUUUAUCUUUAUUUGGUU